GGCAAUUCUUGUUGAUUUGAUGGUUUUUGACGAAACUUUUGUACGUUGAGUGCAACUUGUCGUGUUUUUCUGGAGAAUCUUUUUAGUUUUAUCUUUAUUGUGGAGUUUGACUCAAAACUUAAAAGAUGUAACUUGAUGUUUAAAACCUCACUGAUGGUAGGAGAAUUUAAUAUCAAGAAAUUAGCUUUCUCCUAUAUACUGCACAUUCAAGGAGUCAUGCUAAUUUUGGAAAUUGGACUGCAGUUACAUCUAAUCAUCUUUGAAUUAGACUUUUCUUCGAAGUUUACUGCUCAGGAAUUUACUUUCCUUACAAGCUGCAUCAACAACGUGUUCAAAUUACACCCUCUAUCUCAUUUCUCUGUUACUCAUUCUCCUGUUUUGCAUAGCCUUUUGUCUUUCUCUCUACAGGAAAUUUUUCAGCUGUUCUCUUUGGAGUUUUCUUUUAGAAUUAUUCCUUGCGUUGCCCACAAAUUCUUUUAUACAUACUCUCAAUUAUCUUGUCGAAUCUGGCAAGGAAAUCUCUACGUACUAUUAUCUAUCAACACCUUAUUUACUUCUUACGCUGAAAAUAGACUGUCUCUUUUUCUACUCUUCCAGGAUAAAGUCACCAGAGUUUCAUUAAAGGCCAUUUUAGUGGCAAAUAUCAAAUAUAAAAACAGUAUCAGUAUAUUUCAGGCUUCAUCUCGAUAUGGAAAAAAAAGGAAUUUCCAUGGAACCCCAACAUUUGUUGAGCUCAGUAAAAAUCUGAUUGGAGAGAUACCUGAUAUGGGUUCUGUUGUGGGAAAAGUUUCAGUAGAACAGCCUUUGUAUGAGAUAGAAAAAAAGACAAGUGAAUAUGAAAUAAGAAAAUAUCCAAGUUUAAGAGUGGCUGAAGUUUAUCGUUCAGAACUGAAGGGAGAGACGUCCAACUAUGACUUUGAGUCUCAAGCAUUUAGAAUACUAGCUUCAUAUAUAGGGGUAUUUGGAGAACCGAAAAACAAAGACAACUCGAACCAACAAGUAAAGAUAUCUAUGACGGCACCAGUCCUAUCUAAGCCUAUUGAAGCGUUGGAAACGCGAAGCAGUGGCAACAGUAUGGCUUUUAUAUUACCAAAAGAAUACUCGGAACAAAAAGAACCACCGGAACCAGUUGACUCACGAGUCCACUUGCGUGUUGUUCCACCAAGGAAAGUUGCGGUGGUUACUUUUCGAGGAACUGUAAACCGUGAAACUUUAGAGGCCGAGAGAGCUGAAAGGUUUAUGGAGCAGUUGAAGAAGGAUGGUUAUCGUUUACUUUCUUCAGAGUGGGAACUUGCUCGAUACAACCCUCCUUUUACUCCGCCACCUCUUAGACGCAAUGAGAUAUUAGUGCAGGUAGACUAGUUUUGAAGGGGUCUUUUUGUAUAGUAAAGGAUUGGUCGGGUUUACACUUAGGACU